AUGCCUAUGGACAAACUUGUAUUAUCAAUGGAAUUUCAAUUAUGUGUGGAAUUAAUAAAAGGGCGUAAGACUGUUAAUAUUUGGAUUCAACAAUUAGGGCCUACAAGCUUGAGUUCUCUCGUGAAUACUAAAUAUAGAAUUUGGGCAAUUAAUGAUGUGGAGCGAGUGAAAAUUGCAAAGUAAAUAGUUCCUUAUUUGUUUCAACGUGGUAGGUUAAAACUAGAGUUGGAAAAAAAUUUCCUCAUUUUUUGCCGUAUAUUUUGUAAGAUUUUAGAGUUACUGGUUCUGUAACCAUUCGUUAACCUGUAACGUAACUUUUUAUUAACAAUUUUGUUUUGCCUGGGCAUCAAUAAGCGAAGAGGAGUGCGCGACCAUAGUAGGAAAUUUUCGGAGGCGUUUGGAUGCGUGUAUCUCAGCGG